AUGCUGCGCACCACACAGAACUGACUCGACUCGUCAUCAGAUUGUCGGAAGAACUUGGCGGUGGGAGAAAUAACAGGACUAAACUGCUAAAUUACAGAAAUUUAUAUUUUUUUUACAAUGGCAGGGACGAAUGGAGGAGUAGCCAAAUGUGGCUUUAUAUUCCUGGAUACAUUGGCAAUAGCACUAGUGGUUCUGCCAGCGUUGCUUUUCCGUCUGCCUGGCUUUGAUCUACCGGUGUUUCAAAGGGGCUUCUUCUGUAGUGAUGAGACAAUAUCAUACCCGUACAAAGACUCUACCGUCCCAUCAACUGUUCUUUAUGCAGUGGGAAUUGGUCUCUAUCUUGUUGUUAUGAUCACCACAGAAAUCGUCAUCUUCGCCUACCGCAAGCGCCAGGACCUAGACUACCUGUCCCCUGACACCUACAACCGGUGCUGCGGCGGGUUGGUCAUUCCUCCUCUACUCUACCAGAUCAUCCGAUACACGGCUGUCUUCUUUUUCGGUCUCCUCGUUACCAUGACGACCUUUGACAUUACAAAGAACGUGGUCGGGCGUCUUCGUCCUCACUUCCUAGACAUCUGCCAGCCAGACUUCAACAACCUUACGUGUUCGGAAGGACCUCGCCAGAUCUACAUCAUGGAUGAUGUCUGCAUGCCAGAGGACCCAAAGAGGAUGCUUGAAGCAAGACGAUCCUUCCCAUCAGGUCAUGCAGCUGUUGCAGUAUAUACCAUGCUCUUUGUAGUGCUGUACAUGCAGAGCCGCUGGAGCUGGCGUGACACCGUCUUCCUCCGACCCCUCGUGCAGGUCAUCGCACUUUUCCUGGCCCUCUAUACCUGCCUCAGUCGAAUCUCCGACUACAAGCACCACUGGAGCGACGUCUUUGGGGGCGCGGUCAUGGGAGGGAGCAUUGCCGCGGCGAUGGUAUGGCAUUUGGUGUAUCAGAUCUCUUCCGGCAGGGCAGCUCCGCUCACGAUCUCGCAGGGGGCAGGGGGCACGACCUCGUCUUUAUGGAAAUGAACCCUCGCAAUCGUAAAAACGACGGGCUGAUCUGAUCAUUUGCCAGAUCUGGAAUGCACCUUCACACUAAAAAUGUAAUCGGCCAGUUUGAUAUGAGAAGCAUUUUGGCUUGUCAUUGUGUCAAAUGUUUAUUUUUAUAGAAUUACAACUAACUUCUGUGGCAUUUGCUUCACAGUGAAGUUGUUACUCCUGUCAAAUUUGUGAGGAAAAUUCAGACAAUGACCAACAUUAUGUAACCCAAAUUGUAACCUUAAAUCUUAAUACCUUGAAUGUAUUAGCAACCCACACUGUAAUUUUGUAUCUAUUUAGAAACAAAAGCAAAUUUAAAAUUAAACAUGAAGUUACAGACAACUUGUGUAUAUGGCAUUGGCCAGCCAAUUGUGAUUUUACUCAAUUAACAUUGCAUCGGGUAUAAAGUUGAAUUAUACUGUAAUCUAAGUAGGUAAAUGCUGUAUAGCUAGCAGCUUUUCUA